AUGUCGAUCAAAAACAUCCCCAACGAAGUCCUGGACCACAUCCUGUGGCUCGUCCACUGGAAGAGUAACAGGUGCGAAUUCAUGAAAUUGCGAGUUGAUAUCUCCCAGUGGGAGCUGGAGCGCUUUACCUCCAAGCGUUUCACCCGGCGGCAGCUGGAUAGGGGACGCGAGACUCAUUGGCGGCGAGGUUUUGAAUGGAUGCUAGCUACAAAGGCUAAAGUUCAUUUUCUGGAUGCCCAGGGCCCAUUUGCUUUCCUACGUGACGCUGUUGUGUAUCUACACGACAGCGGAGUGGCGCCGGAGCUUGAUGUAGACAAAAUCAUCGCUGCAGCCAGCCGGGCCAUCCUUGCGAUUCAUGAACCCUCCUGGGUUGUCGAACACCUCCUCACUUGGCAGCCAGGCAAGAGCCUCCCGCCGCACAUAUCGUAUCUGGAAACCUACGCCUGCAUGCAAGGCAAUGCGAGCUCGCACACCAGAUCUCAGAGUUCAGAAGCGUUCUAUGGCGUAUUGCAACUUCUGCUAGCCAGUGGCAGCGACGUUGCGACAAAGAUUGAUUCUGUUAUCAAUGGCAGUGCUUCCCUCAACACAGCAGAGUCAAUUUCUUCCCAUCCACUAUUUGGACAUCCCAUGCGUACUGCCCUUGAUUUGGAAGACGCUGUGGGAUUGGAGGCCUUGCUGAAGCAUGUUGACCUAGAUGCUAUUGUCGAUGGCAAAGAGAGCAACGCCCUGGUCUACGCUGCCGAAACGGACCGAAAGGGCGCAGUACGUCUCAUCUUACGCGUUUCGACUGGUGCACAGAUAAAUGCUCGGGGCAGCUUUGGUCUCACCACGCUGGGUUGGGCCGCCCGCAGAGAGUGGACGGAUAUUGUUCAACUCUUGCUCCAGGAAGGUAAUGCCAAUGCCGACAUUGGGAAUCAUGAGGGUGAAACACCCCUAGCAGAAGCAGCAAAAAAGGACUACCACGAUAUCGCGCAACUUCUCAUGGCCAGGACAAGUGUAAUUGUUGGAUCAGCAAAGUCCUGCCCGCUAAGGGUAGCCUUUGAUCAUUGUGCUAUCAGAGUUUUAGAGCUCUUCUUGGACCGGUUUGGGGAAGAAAUCGAUAUAAAUCAAGAAAUUGCCGACGGCCACACGCCGCUCACUUUAGCAAUCCAACAAGGCUUCCCAAAGCUCGUUCAAAUGCUACUUGAAGUCCCUGGUAUCAAACCAAACCAGCCAGAUAGCCAACACCAACUUACACCUCUCGCGUGGGCUGUCAAGGGAGACUCGCUAGAGAUUGCCCGGCUUUUGGUGAAUCUAGACGUUGAUGUCAUGCGAGGAGCCAACAACCAGCUCCCUGCCGUGAUGGCUCUACGUCAAGUAAAUCUGAGUAUAGUUGAUCUCCUCAUCCACAAGACGCUUGAUACAUAUGACCCUCGCUGCGCCGAGCUCAUGUUCUGGCCUAACAGUUUUCAGAACCGCUUGUUGGCUGUACAACGUCUUGGGCAAAGCGCGCAGUUUCGAAAAGACCAUGGACAUGAAUUCGAGAGAGUUUUAGAGGACGCUACCGGGAGGAUGAUAGCUUCUCUUUCUCAAGAAGUUUUACAACACAAAGAAGCAGACACAAGCUGUACUCCGAAACAUCAUGCGGUUGAAUUGCUGGAGUUAACCGGGUUCCGUAGAUUUAGUCCGGUCAGCCUCCGUCCACUUGACAAAGUCAGGCUCCUGCUCACUCGAAAGGACGUGGAUAUAAAUGCACGUUGGUCCAGUGGGACGACGGCUCUGAUAGAUAUUGUGGCUAGCGGAGACAUCGCCACCAUUAAGGCCCUGGUGAACUACCCAGGGAUUGACCUUAAUCUGGAUUCACCUGGCCGCGGUUCGCUGGUGUUGAUACAUCUCAUGUCAGAGCCGUUGGAGGACUCCCUGUUAUCAACAAAGAGACGCUUCUUAAGCGAAAUCGACUGGGAUGACAACGCGGGGUGCAAAGCACCGCUCCUAAUCGCAGCUGAAAAAAAUUUCUUUGACGCAUUUGAGUUGCUUUACGACGAUCCGAGGACGAACCCAUACGUUACUGACUAUUUCGGCAGGACAUGCCUCUGGUACGCCGUACAGAACAGCAACAAGAGAAUGGUAGAGAAAAUUCUUGAUCACACACCCAGAAUCUGGGAUAUCAUCAACGUUCAAGAUAAAGAUGGUUUGGCACCACUUCAUGUCGCUGCGAACAUUGGGAAUGUUAAGAUUGCAAAGAUGCUCAUCAGACAUCCCGCCAUUGAUAUCAACGUCGUUGCCAAGUUUGGUUGGACAGCAUUGCAUAUCGCUUUGGCCCCCUGCUUCAGAAGGCUCCCACAAUUGUUACUCGAACACCCCGAUAUCGACUUGAGCCUCCAACUUUCAAAUGGCUGGACUGCAUUUGAUUUUCUUAAGCGUCACCGGGGCGAUUUGCUUUCACAAUUGAAUCAGGCUUCUUCUUCAUUAGUCAUCUGA